UUGACAUUUGUUUACUUUGUAAUGUGAAAAAUUUAUCUAAUUAAUGAAAAAAACUAUAAAAAUAAAUUUUUGUGAAAAUGUUUUUGUGAUUUGAAACUAAAAUUCGUAAAGUACAGUUUAAUAAACCUUUCCAAGGUCUUACACACAGUAAAUUUUCAGGGAUGGGGCGGCAUUUUUGUCAGUGCCCCAGGGCGCCAACUUUCUAAAUCUGGCCCUGCAUAUAAGGCACCUCAUUUCGCAUCCAAUAUAUGUAUUGGAGCCGACAGACUUUAUCCUGGACCCAAGUCUACAAUUUAAAGGUAUCGCGAAAAUGGAUGCGCCAUCAGAAGCGCAGUGUGACGAUGAGCCCGGUUGUUCUUCCGGCAGUGACGAGAAAUUCGAAGCUGUAGGUUCUGCUGAUAUCAGUAUUCGGCCUACGCCAUUGAUAAAUCCAAAUGAUUUACGUGAUCGCAUUGAGCACGGAGUAAAUGCUUUAAAGGAUAUGUUGAUUGCUCAUGAAAUUACAAUGGAUGGAGAGUUUCGACUUAAAGAAAGAAUGACACCAAACAACAGCCUUGAAAAGGCCAUAACCGACACUAUCAAACGAGCAUUUUGGGAUAUUCUCCGAUCAGAGCUAGAGAUGACACCUCCUUGUUAUGAUCAAGCUUUGAGACUUUUAGAAGAUGUAAAAAUUGGUCUUUCAAAUGCUGUGUUACCUCACCAGAAGAAAUUGAUUCAGAGUAUUAAUGAAGUUCUCGAUUCUGAUGUUAUAAGACAACAAGCUACAGCAGGUGUAUUAGAUUUUAAGUCAUACGCGGACUAUGUGUUAAACAUGAUGCUGAAAUUGUGCGCCUCAGCACGGGAUGAGAGAAUUGAAAAGCUGCAGCAAUGUACAGAUGUUGUACAGAUUUUUAAAGAAAUUUUAGAGAUAUUGGAUUUGAUGAAAUUGGAUUUGACUAAUACAUCUAUACAACUAGCCAGACCAGAUAUUAUUUUGCAUAGUAUUCAAUAUGAGAAAGAUAAAUUCAAUGAGUAUGUUAAAAGCAGAGAAGGUCUGGAAGAUUGCUUACGUUAUACAAAAAUGUGGUUGCAAAGGCAUGUUGGUACGAUCGAACAUCCAAAAACGAAUGAAGAGGUACUAGCAUGUGCUUAUUUAGAAGUGAUUGAAUGGUAUGAUGAGGAAACAUUUCCUGAGACGUUGGUUUUGGAUAAAGGACGCUUUUUUGAAUUGCGCGAUGGAGUUGUUAGGCUGCUUUGCUCGGCUACUCUCUACACGUUGGGUUUGAAUCAAAUUACAAUAAUUAAAGAAGUGGCAUCCUUCAAACAAAAACUUCAGAGUGACAUCACAACGCUUAUGAGUUCCGUAGAGAAAAAUGAAGAUUUCAACAAUAUUAUGCCAAAUUUAAUAUUACAAAUUAUUACGGAUAUAAAAAUGACAUUGGAAGCCUGUGGCUAUUCCCAAUUAUCUUCCCAGGAGGAAGAUGCAAUACGAGUCAGACUGGAACAAGUGGCAAAUCCUGCCCAUAAUAUUAGAGUAAUCCUGAAGCAACGGCUCAUCGAAUAUUUUCGUUUAUGUGCUGGUAGUCCCAGAGGACCCAUAGGCAUAGAUAUACCUCAAGGAUGGCAAGUGUGGAAAAAUGAAAUUUUGCAUAUGUCUGCGAGGUUUUGCAGGCUAACUAUUCACAAUCGUGGUGUAUUUGGUGAACAUUAUAUUAAUAUUAUAGAAGAAGCACAAAAGAAUACUGACAUGUGCAGUAAAUAGUAGUAUAUUAAUAUUUCUUCAUGUUUAACAAUACAAAACAUAACUAUGAUCAAAUGAUGAAUAAAAUUAUUGUAUAAUUUUUUUAUCAAGCAUUUUACUAACUAGUGGUUAAUGACAUCGUGCCUUAAGGCAAAUUGCUUGAA